AUGAUAGAGCUGGAGUGUCUAGCGGCAGCCUGGGCGAUGAUCAAAUGCCGCCAAUUCCUGGAAGGUCUCACCACGUUUUGCCUGGUCACCGACCACAAACCGCUCAUACCGAUACCGAACGAAUAUUCGCUGGACAAAAUAGACAACCCGCGGCUCCUUCGCCUGAGAUUGAAAAUGCAACGCUUCGCAUUCACGGCCCAAUGGGUCCCCGGCAAAUUAAACACUGGAUCCGACGCCCUCAGCCGAGCACCCGUUGAUCAGGCGAUGACAACUGACGAGCUGGCAGAAGGACCUCCCGCACGGAUAUCUCGUACCAGCAUAGCCGGAAUUAUCGAAGGCUCCGACAGGGAAACCCUCGACCCGAUCCUAGCCAAGAUCCAGCCGGCCGCAAUGACCGACCCCGUCAUGCUUAGAUUAAGAGACACCGUCCUGGCCGGCUUUCCCAACGACAAGUGCAACCUGCCACUCUCACUCCGACCGUUUUGGACGGUGCGCGACCGCCUAGCAAUCGAUGAUACAGAUGGGAUGGUCGUCGUUGGAUCCAGGGUCGUGAUCCCUAAAGCACUCCAGCAAAACGUACUCAACGAGCUACUGAAGAUGCAACAAGGAGCAUCCAAACUUCGCCAGCGAGCCCGCUUAUCAGUUUAUUGGCCACAUAUGGAUGUGGACAUCGAAAAUGCUGUGCGCACUAGCGACGAUUGCGUUAGCCGGCUGCCGUCUCUUCCAAACGAGCCACUGCGUCCACAUGCCCCAGCCACGCGCCCAUUCGAACAGGUACAUGCCGACCUGGGAGAAUGGAGAGGUCGCCAGUUUCUGGUAAUAGUGGACCAAUACAGCGGAUGGCCCCACGUAACCAUGUUUCGGGACUGCCACACGACAGCCCGCCGAGUCAUAGACGCGGUUCGGGCCUUCUUCACCGCCGCCGGCGUCCCGGUAAAAUUUUGGUCCGACGGUGGACCCCAGUUCAUCGCCGCAGAAUUCAGAAAGUUCGUACAGGAUUGGGGAGUCUCCGCCGGCAUCUCGUCACCUCACUACCCCCAAUCGAACGGAAUCGCCGAGGCCGGUGUCAAAGCAAUGAAGCAGCUCAUCAAAGCUUCAUGGAAAUCCGGAUCGUUCGACCAGGACACGUUCGACAGGGCCCUCCUCUUAUUCCGCAACGCGCCACGCGCCGGCGCAGCAUCGCCAGCGCAGUUGAUCUUCAACCGCCCGAUGCGCGACAGCCUUCCGGCCCACCGCCGAUCAUUCGCCCCCGAAUGGCAGCGCUCUGCCGACACCAUGAAAAACGAGCGAGACGAGCCAAGGCGGUCCAAAUCGAACACUUCAACAGGACAGCCCACCAGUUACCACCGCUAG